UCUUGUUUGCAAACGUACCAUCUAAUAUAUAUAUACACACAUUUCCUUCGAAACAUUCGGAUAACAAAAAUUCUCACUAGUCAUCUUGAAUCUUCGCACCGGUCGAUCCACACUGAAGUUUGAGUCGUCACCCGCUAAACAAAAAUAUCCGAGAUUUAGAUGAAGACCAUGCCUUCCAUUGAAGAUGUGAAGCACUUGCAGAUUCCUCUUCGGGAGAUAUCAUUGGCGACAAAUGGAUUUGCAAAAGAGAAUUUCAUUGGAGAAGGUGGAUUUGGGCCUGUGUACAAAGGCAUAUCCAAAAAACACGGCUCCAUCGCGGUGAAGCGGUUGGUGUAUAGGCAAAUGCGUGGGCAAGGAGAUCACCAGUUUAAGACGGAGAUUGCAUUGCUUUCAAAAUAUAAACAUGAAAAUAUUGUCUCUCUUCGUGGUUUCUGUGACGAAGAAGGCGAGAAGAUUCUUGUUUAUAGGUAUGAAAUCAACGGGAGUCUUGACAAGCAUUUAAACAACGAAAAUCUAACCUGGAUCCAACGCCUAUGGAUUUGCCUAGAUGCUGCCCGUGGGUUACAAUACCUUCACGAUAACGUUGGGUCUCAACUUGGAAUCUUCCACCGCGACGUGAAAAGCCCCAAUAUCCUUUUGGAUGAAGGCUGGAAGGCAAAAAUUUCAGAUUUUGGGUUGUCAAGAGCACGCCCUGCCAAUAUGCAGGCUAGCUUUCUUAUCUCGUAUCCGUGUGGCACAGAAGGAUAUAUUGAUCCAGACUACAAUAACAACUGUUAUCUCACCCAAAAAUCUGACGUCUACUCCUUUGGGGUCGUAUUGUGGGAAGUUUUGUGUGGAAGGCUCGCAUAUGUUCCAUCAUACAAUGAUGACCGUCGAUCUUUAGCUGUUUGGGUUGAAAAACAUUACGCAAGGGGAAUGUUAGACAAGAUCAUUCCUUCCUAUUUACACAAGCAGAUGAACACAGAUUCAUUACGUAUGUUUUCAAAGAUUGCCUAUCAAUGUUUGAAGAACAGAGAAGAACGCCCAACAAUGAAGGAGGUCGUGUAUCAGUUACAAGAAGCUAUUGAUCAUCAACUAUGUUUUAUAAAGAAGCCGGAGGAAGAAGCAAAGCCGAGCAUUGGAGAGAAGGAAAAGGGAGAGGAUUCAAGAGACCCGGCACCAUGUCCCUCACAACAACAACAAGAGAUUGUUUUGAGCAUUUACAUGCAUUGUCAAAGUUGUGCUAGAGAUGUCAAGCGAUGUCUCAAAGGCUUUGAGGGCGUUGAAGAUGUUGUUACGGACUGUGAGACUCAUACGGUUGUGGUUAAGGGAGAAAAAGUUGAUCCGUUGAAGGUUCUAGAAAGAAUUAAGAUGAAAAGUCACCGAAAUGUUGAGCUUCUAUCACCAUCACUAACGGAGGGGCUCAAUGAACUAGAGCUUUCUAAAUCAGAAGAGAAGAAAUAUGAGGUAAAGAAUCUGGAGGAGGGAGAGAAAGAGGUCGAAGAAGCAAAACCGGCUUUCGGAGAUGAGGAAAUGGUAAAGGGGUCAAAAGACCAGCUACCACCUCCCUCGCCGCAAGAGAUUGUUUUGAAUGUAUUCAUGGAUUGCGAAGGUUGUGCUAAAAAAGUCCGACGAUGCCUUAAAGGCUUUGAGGGCGUUGAAGAUGUUGUGACGGAUUGUGAGACACAAAAGGUUGUAGUAAAGGGAAGAAAAGUAGAUCCACUGAAGGUUCUAGAAAGAGUCCAAAAGAUAUGCCACCAAAAAGUUGAGCUUCUACCGGAGGUCCAAAAACCAUUGAGAGAUGAGCCCAAGAAGCCGAAGCAAGAAAAACCUCGAAAACAGGGAUGGAAGUCUUGGUUCUAAAAAAAGUAACGGUCAAACGCACUUUUCCUACAACGGAGAUGGUGGAUUAUUUGCACGACAUUAAGCAAAAAAGUUGUAAUCGCUAAGCACGCUAGAUAUGGAGCUCUCUCAUCCACAUCAAUGCGCCUAUAAUGUGUUGAUGAUAUUUAGUCUUAAAACUAGGGUCUAUCUAGAAAUUUGUCUUUUAGAUCUUCAAAAGAAAUAGAUAUAUCAAUUAUGUAUGGUUGUAUAUGCAUAAAGAAAUAGACGUGCAUGCAUAGUGAAGAUGUAAAUAGAAGUGCACGUAUAGUUAGACUUGAAGUAAAUUGUAUUAUAAGAGUGAAAAUAUAUGGGAAUGAAAAGCUGAAGUAUUAUAAAUUGAA